UUCUCCAGGGGAUCUUCCCCACCCAGGAAUCAAGACCGGGUCUCCCGCAUUGUAGGCAGACACUUUUACCGUCUGAGCCACCAGGGAAGUCGCAUGCAUGGAGAGUACAUGCUGAACGGAAGGAUUAUAGAUGGAGAUGAAAAGAUCCACAGACGAAGUCGGUGUAGGGUAUGCCGAGUCUAAGGUGUCUGAGGGCAGGUAGCAAGAAAGGGGUGAAUUGAUCUGAGAAGGAAAGUUGGAAGCACCCAGGUUUUUAUGCGAGAUUCUUCCACUUCACGGCUACUCAGGGGCACAGCAAACUCAAUCCCGCCAGGUUCCCACAGACCACACCCUCGAGGGCGGGAGCCUCGGAGGAGUCCUCCCUCCCACAAAAGCCUCUGGGUAGACGGGGGUCGGAAAUACAGGACAGCACCAGAGCUUGGUCGCCGCACUUACGGCCCUUUUGGGUGCAAGCGGGGACGGGCUUUCCUGAGCAGCUGCUGGACCCUCUGGGUCUGGCUGAUUAGAGAACUCGUGGCUUAAAUUGAUUCUCUCGCCGCCUCCACCCAUUCUGACCAGGCAGUUUUUCCUAUCUGUGGUAGCUGAAUGGGCGGCCGGGGUUCUUGCCUGGCGAGUUUCCGGGGGUACCAUAGAGACGUGGCCCUCCGCCUGCCCAGUCCGCCGUCUCCCGCGUGUUAGCGUGCCUACGUCAUUUUCGGUUGCCUCCGACGGAGUGAGGAGCGCCGGCUUCUGAGGAGAAAAACGCCGCCGGGUCGCGGACGCCCGGAGGCAGGCGAGAACCGUGGAGUGGUCUGAGUUUGAACGCUGAGUUUCGAAGGGAAGUGGGGGGCCGCAGCCUGGUUCUUUCCCCACUGCCUUCGGAGGACAACUGUGAGUUCAGGGAGCGCCUGAGAGAAGGAAGCAGGGAUUCUCUGAGAGCCUGAGGUGGGAGAGCAGAGUUGGGGACAGCUUUGAAUCACCAGCGUAGCUUGGAGGCAGGUCCGCAGGUGCCUUCCCUGCUCCUCGGCCCUGAACUGACGCAUCCACACCAACCGGCAGCGCGUUAAGAUGGCUGGCAGUGCCACUACUCCUAAUCCCUUGCAGACACUUCAGGAGGAAGCCGUGUGUGCCAUCUGCCUAGAUUACUUCAAGGAUCCCGUGUCCAUCGGCUGUGGUCAUAACUUUUGCCGAGGGUGUGUGACCCAGCUGUGGGGCAAGGAAGAUGAGCAAGACAGGGAGGAAGAGGAAGAUGAAUGGGAGGAGGACGAGGACGAGGACGACGACGAGGCAGUAGGGGCCAUCGGUGGAUGGGGCAACUCCAUUCGGGAGGUUUUAUACCAGGGGAAUGCUGACGAGUUGUUCCAGGACCAAGAGGAUGAUGAACCCUGGGUCGGUGACGGUGGCAUAAGGGACAGCAUGGAUUAUGUGUGGGACCAGGAGGAAGAUACGGACUACUACCUGGGAGGCUUGAGACAUGACCUGAGAAUUAACGUCUACCUGCAAGAGGAGGAGAUUUUGGAAGAAUACGACGAGGACGACGAAGAGCUCUACCCUGACACUCACCUAGCCCCGCCUCCAGCCCCUCCACGGCAGUUCACUUGCCCCCAAUGCCGAAAGAGCUUUAAGCGUCGCAGCUUUCGUCCCAACUUGCAACUGGCGAACAUGGUCCAGAUAAUUCGCCAGAUGUGUCCCACUCCUAAUCGAGAGAGCCGGUUGAAUGAUCAGGGCAUCUGCUCCAAACACCAGGAAGCUCUGAAACUCUACUGUGAGGUGGACAAAGAGGCCAUCUGUGUGAUAUGUCGAGAAUCCAGGAGCCACAAACAGCAUAGUGUGGUGCCAUUAGACGAAGCGGUACAUGAGUACAAGGAGAAAAAAAUGGAGAAACUAGUGAAACCUUGCAUUCCAAGUGCUGCCAUAACUUUGAGAGGAAAUUGAGGAAUUUCAGAAUUUCUUCAUCAACUUCUGCAUCUGAAUUCAUUGACUGAGCCUAUCAAACACCAGGUUUUAAAAAAAAACACAAAAAACAAACAUCAGCUCAUCCUUCUUUGCUGUUAGUUGAGAUUAAUCUACUGAUGAAGAAAACUGUACUUUGCUUUGUUCAGAGUAAGACUUUAAAAACUCUGGAUGUGCUAUUUUCACUAAGCGUAGCACUAAAGACAGUAUUUUUGAAGUUGUAUGAAAUGAAAUUGGUUGGAAGAAAAAAAUUAGAGAAGUAUAUGUUAGUGGUGCUACAGCAGUGGCAUGCUUUAGAUCUGGGUCUUUCUCAAAAAUUGAAGAAAACUGGCGAGAUGUACCGUAGCAGUCACCACCAAGCAUUGACUUCAUCAGCCUGCCCAUAAUCUACUGGAAAUCUUAAGCCUUGCUGUCAGCAUAACUGUUUUGAAAAGUAGUCCAUCUGAUCCCAGUUUGCCUUGGUUUUCAAAAAUCUGAAUGCUGUUCAGAGAAUUUUCUGUCACGCAUUGAGUUUCCUUGAUCAGAAAACUUGGUUCACCUGAAUUUAUGGACAGAACAACUAAUUUGGGACACCAAUGAUAAAGAAUCUGUACUUUAAAACUUAAGCAGAAUUUAACACAUUGAAGCUUAAAAUACGUUGACCCUGAACUGUCAAGGAACAGACACCAGCAUCACUGCUUGUUAUGAAAUGAGCACUUUAAGCACUUGCCAAAAAUCUCUACAAAUAGCAAACUCAUGCAAAAAAUGUCAAUUUUCUUGGCUAAUCUUUCAAGAACCAGAUUCGUGAAUGUUAUUUCCAGGGGAAAAAAAGGGAAAAUCUAAAACUAUUUUGGGUGAUGUUUUGUUAACCUCUUAAAACCUACCUGUGGUAGCUUUGGGAAGAAUGUCUCAUGUUUCACACUUAAUGUUCAGUUCUCACUGGAAGAACUUCAGGAGUUUGUAGAACUCAAAGUUGGAUUGUUUUGACUAGAAAUUUUCAGAUUUUAAUCCUGCAUUAUUCCAUUUUUCUCCUUAUAUCUUAAAAGCUUUUUUUUUUUUAAUUGAUAUAACUAACUGUGGGAGAAAACACCACAAGAGUGUUGUCAAGGCAGCUUGCGUUUUGUUGCAUUUUGUACACCAUCCAGGAAAGAAAAGGCUAAACAGUGGUUAUUAUAUCAUUUGAAUAAAAUUUUGCCUUCCAAAAUU